AUGAGAUGUGCUGCUAUGGGGUGUGAGUGGAGAUUGCAUGCUUCUAAGCUAGCUGAUGGGGUGUCUUGGGCUAUUAAGAGUAUUACCAACUCUGAGCACACAUGCAGUGGGUUAGAUGUAAAAAACUCAAUGGUGAGUUGUGCAUGGGCUGUGAGGGUGCUUCUUGAAGAUGUGAGAGCAAACAAUGACAUUACUGCAAAGUCAUUGAACACUCUUCUUUUUCAAAGGUUUGGUGUGCAAAUGGCAACAAGCACACUGUAUAGAGUGAGGCAACAUGCUUUGUCUCAGAUUCAUGGGUCACAUGAUGAGUCAUAUGCCCAUCUGCCAAAGUAUUGUGAAGUCAUAAAGCUGACAAACCCUAGAUCAGCUGCUUUUGCUGCAUGGAAAGAAUUAGCAGACCAACCUGAGAGGCCUUUAGUGUUCAAAAGUAUCUUCAUCAGUUUUAGUGGUGUACUUAAUGGGUUAAGGGGUUGUAGGGGCUUGAUAGGGGUUGAUGGGGCACAUCUCAAAGGAAAUUAUGGUGGUGUCUUGCUCUCUAUUGCACUGGAUGGGAACAAUGAGAUAUUCCCAUUUGCUUGGGGAAUAGUCACUGCUGAAGAUGAUACCACACUAACAUCAUGUAAGUGUCAAAUGCAAGGUAUUGAUAUUGCAUUGACUGAUGUAUGGCCAGAAGUUGACAGAAGGUAUUGCUGCAAGCACCUUGCAGUCAAUUGGAAGAAGUCAUUUCCAGGGCCUUUGUUGUUCUCUUUGUUUUGGAGAGCAUGUAAUGCUAACUCAGAGUUCACUUUCAAGAAGGCUAUGGAUCAAUUAGGCAAAGUUAAUCCAGCUGGCAGGGUUUGGCUUUCUAAAUUAGGAGAUCAAAAGAGGUGGAGUAAACACAAGUUCAACACUGAACUGAAGUGUGAUGUCAAUGUCACCAAUUUUGUUGAAAGCUUCAAUUCCACACUAGGAAUGGACAAGAGCAGACCAGUUCUGACAUUACUUGAAAGUGUUAGAAGGAACACUAUGGUUAGAAUGGCAAAAAGGAGGCAGGUUUGUGAGACAUGGAAGAGGCAAGACAUAUGCCCACACAUUAUAAAGAGGAUACAUCAGCUUGUUCAUGAGAGUAGGACUUGCAUUGCAUACAUGAGUGCUGAAGGAGAGUAUGAGGUUCAAGAUGGCAAACAUGGUAUAAGAGCCAUCAUUAAAGCAAGGUUGGACCCCCACUCCUUUGUCAGUGACUGGUAUUCAGUCACCAAGUACAAGGAAGCUUACAGCUGUGGGAUUAAAUCCAUACCAGAUGUUGAACAAUGGCCACCCAUAGACAUGCCUCACAUUAAUCCACCACCCAUGAAAAGGGGCAUAGGGAGGCCUUCUAGAGAGAGGAAGAGAGCAGAUGAUGAAGAAAAGAAGGGGAAAAGGGCUAAGACAGUUAGGUGCAACAACUGUAAAGCUUUUGGCCACAAUGCAGCUACUUGCAAAGGAGGUAUGACAGCUAAGAAAAAGGCAAGCUAUGGUAAAAAGGGUAAGAAGAAGCAACAACCACUACCAUCCUCUCAACCCAGCAUUAGGGACAAGAUCAAGAUCAAGAUCUACUGCAGCAGUUGCUACAUCACAGCCUUAAGCUUAACUUUUUUAUUUUUAUGA